GAGCGCGGCGAGUGCCCGAAGUGCUCUUCCGUCUUCCGCUUUCUCCUGUGUCUCUCUUUCUCUGUACGCCCUCGUUCUUGCUUAAUAGGCGAUCGUGGAAGGUGCCUUGGACGGACAAGCUUCAACCUUAUCGGAGGCAAGUGAAACCACAACUUCAACCUUAUCGGAGGCAAGUGAAGCCACAACUUCAACCUUAUCGGAGGCACGCGCGUUGCCAGUUUGGUUAUAUGAACCCAUCGCAUGAGUGAAGGUGAAGACUUUUUGCUUGUGGCCAGGAAGAAGAGGACGAAGAAGAUAUGCGCUUCUGUGGGCUUGUUGUCUGUGGUCGUAGCAAUGCCCACCCCUUUGUGUUGGAGGCCCGUAGGCUCGUUCUCUCCACUUGUCUGUGUGGAUUGCGAAGAUGCUUGCACAGGGGACAGAGCAAUGCAGUCGGGUUGAUUACUCUGAAACCCAAUACUAGAGUAGGGCGUUUGGCGGGAACCUCUCGGGUGCAAUGGCGGCGGGGCUGUGAAGCACACCGGGUGCUAAGGGUCGAAGAUGUGUCCUCUGGUGCUUUGGCUUUGUGCACGUUUUCAGGAAGCGCAGCCGAUCGCCAUCAGCAUCAAUUUUCUUCUAUCACGUCUUCUGCUGGUCAUUCGUUGAGAUCAGCAGGUAGGGAAAUUGCAGGUGCUGCUGCUUGCAACGAAGAAAGUGAGAGUGACUUGCAGCAGCAAUGGAGUGGUGGUCGGUUAUCGAACGUAGCGACCUCGGCAGCAGAAGAAGAGAAGAAGAGUUCGAGAAGUCCAGGCUCGGCCGGACCGAGGCCACUGUCGUCGACACAACUGGUGAAGAUGAUUGAUGUUAAUCCACCGCGCGGAACUCGUGAUUUCUUCCCUGAAGACCUCAGAUUAAGAAGUUGGCUGUUCGACCAUUUCCGGGAAGUGUCGCGGUGCUUUGGGUUCGAGGAAGUAGAUGCUCCUGUGCUGGAAUCGGAGGAGUUGUUUGUCCGAAAGGCAGGUGAGGAAAUCACAGAGCAGCUGUAUAAUUUUGAGGACAAGGGGAACCGACGUGUGGCCCUGCGACCGGAGUUGACUCCGUCUCUUGCUCGCCUUAUCCUUCAGAAAGGAAAAGGUCUCUCAUUGCCUAUUAAGUGGUCUAUAAUUGGUCAAUGCUGGCGCUAUGAAAGAAUGACACGUGGGAGAAGAAGAGAGCAUUAUCAGUGGAAUAUGGAUAUCGUAGGUGUACCAGGAGUGGAGGCAGAGGCUGAGCUUCUCUCUGCCAUAACUCUUCUCUUCACGCGACUGGGAAUCACUCAGAAAGACGUCGGUAUUCGCUUGUCGAGCCGCGAGGUCCUUCAGUGUGUCCUCGAGAUGUACCGUGUGCCACAGGAAGCCUUUGUGCAAGUCUGUGUAAUCGUUGACAAGAUUGGUAAACUGCCACAAGAGGAGAUUGAAAAGGAGCUCAGUGCCAUCGGGAUCCCUACAAAUGCAAUCAAGGGUAUCUUGUCGGCUAUGGAGCUUCGGUCAAUUGCGGAAUUAGAACAGUUGCUGGGACCGGAUGACAGAGCUGUGAAGAAUUUGAAAAUGCUUUUUGAACUUGCAGAGGGCUAUGGUUAUAGAGAGUGGCUACAGUUCGAUGCCUCUGUCGUCAGAGGACUAGCUUAUUACACGGGCAUUGUGUUUGAAGGAUUUGACAAGGAAGGAAAGCUGCGAGCUAUCUGUGGGGGAGGACGCUAUGACUGCCUUUUGUCCAGCUUGGGUGGAGAAGACACUCCGGCCUGUGGUUUUGGCUUCGGGGAUGCGGUAAUUGUUGAGCUGUUGAAGGAAAAAGGCCUCCUUCCCACACUACCACAUCGGGUUGAUGAUGUUGUUGUGGCUAUGGUGGAAGACAAUGCUGAUGUGCGUGUUCGUGCUCUGUCGAUUGCCACAAAGUUGCGCCGUGGUGGGCGAUCCGUUGAUUUAAUUCUUGAGAAUAGAAAGAUGAAGUGGGUGUUCAAGCACGCAGAAAGAUUGAAUGCCAAGCGCAUGUGUAUUAUAGGUACCUCUGAAUUCGAGAGAGAAGUAGUUCGAGUGAAGAACUUGGAAACACGAGAGGAAGCAGAUGUUCCAUGGCAGGAUGUUGAGUACCUUGAAGACGAAGCUGGAGCAACGGCGCUGCAGAGAUCUGCAGAAGAAGUUGACCAACAUGUACAAGCAUACAUUGUAAAAUUAGAUGAGCAGAUCAAUAAAACUUUAACACCCGUCGUGAUUGAGAAAUUGGUAAGUAGUGGCGGAGGAGAUGGAGGAGAUGGAGGAGAUGGAAGUGGUGAUGGAGACGGAGAUAGGAAGAAGAAGGGUGUACUGCAAGAAGAUGCAGGGGAAGUCAGAAAGAUAAAACCCGCGGGGGAAGGCGACAAGGAAGAGGCCAUGGCAGAGGAAGAGGAGGCCGCGGUCGUGGAGGAAGAGGACCCGACACCAAGAGGGGUGGUGGCGAAGGAAGCUACUACGUGGGAGGAAGGGGCAAUGGUCCCUCGCAAGGUGGUCGAGGACCCAACUCCACAUGGGGAAGAGGAAGAGGCAUGUGAAACGGAAAUUGGGAUCGACCGUAUCCACCCCAUUCAAGCUUGCCCAAAGGCAGACCUUGGGAAAAGCUAGGGAUUACAGAAAAAGUUUGGCAAGAGAGAAAAGUCGUUGAUCCGUGCCUCAAAUGUGCUGACCCCAACCACAUCGUUCCCUUCUGCCCAGAUUAUAAACAACCAAAAGGGAACAACCAAUUGGGGUUUCAGUUGCCUCUACCGGAACUUUGGAUGCAAGCAGACUGACAUCCCCCCAUUCGAAGGUUCCCAUGGCAGAAACUAAAGAGAUAAACGAUCCCCACCUAG